AUGAAUGAUAUCAAUGCAAUCAAAAAAUUCGAAUGGGAUUUUCAAAUGUCCAAUUUCUCGUCAUCAGAUUUUCCCAUCGAGCAGUUCCGACACAGCAAUGAUGAGAAUGAAUUCGAGACGAUUGUGGGCAUCGCAGUUGUUUUCUCCGCAGCAACAGGGAUUUUUGCCAAUUUCCUAGUUAUUAUCUUGUCUUUUGGCCAUGUAAAGGGAGAUUUUCGAUUUUUCGUUGCAAACCUUGCACUGGUGGACAUUCUCUGUGGCUCAGUAUUCAUGUUCAUGGGGUAUAUAAAUGUGAACGAUGACCAUCACAUUCCCAGUCAAUUUCUCUAUUAUAUGACACUAGCAUUCUACGGUUCAUUCGGAACUAUGAUAUGUGCUAUUGUUCCAAUUUCUCUGAGUCGGGUAUUGGCACUGUCAAAUGCAUCACUGUAUGCUACAUUAUUUGGCGGUCGUCGUUCUUUGAUCUUCUGCGUGUUUUUGGAUUUCUUGCCCGUCGGAAUUCUUUAUGUGAUCUGUGUUGUCGAACAUGAUGUUGCCAAAAUACUCUUCUAUACAUUUGCUUUUAUAACAACCUUCGCCUAUUUUGUGGCAUUUACCACCAAUUAUAUGGUAUUUAGGGUUGUUGCGAAACACAUAAAAGUUGUGGAGAAUCUUCGAGACCAAGCGCGGUUACUUGAGACUAGACAAGUAGCUAUUGCAACACUUGCACAGGCUAUUAUCCCCCUAUUCUGUCAGGUACCCGCAUUUCUGACUCUCAGUUCAGUGCUCUUGCUCUCCGAACCCAUUACUAAUGGUAAUGUUAUCAUUAUUACACAACUCUGGCUGGCUUUAAGCCCAUUCCUGGAUGCAGUCAUUACUAUUAUCGUAAUCAAACAGUACAGAAAAAAUUGUCUGACGUGCGCCUCAACAAUGGGAAAACGAAUCUGGAAACCGAAAAACACUGAUGCUUUGUAUAGUGAGGAGAAAGAAGCAUUUGAAACGCGUCUCUGA